GAUCGGAGUCCGGAUCCGAGUCAGUGCAGCUUGGAACACCAACGCGUUCGCAAUGUCCCCGGAACGUUACGGAAAUUUUGGUUACGGUAUCACCGUAGUCCUCCUCCUUGUUCUAUACUCUCUUGCCCAGGUUACCGGCUACUCGGGUCUGAUACCUCCCGAUGAAGCUAAUCCCGGAAAGUGCAUCUACCGCGGGGACACCCUGCAACUGGGAGUCAACAAUGGCAUCUCGCCCUGCCAGAGGCUGACCUGCCAUGAAGAUGGUUCCAUUCUUAUAGAGGGAUGUGGCAAGCCACGGUUUGUGGACUGCAACCGCGGCGAACGCAUCAAUCCGGGCGAACCUUUCCCGGAUUGCUGCAAACUGAGAUUCAAGUGCAAGAAGCCCGGAGCUGCUCCGGAUUACAUCGACUGGGAUGCAGCCACAAAUGCCAGGAUUGUCCGGAAUUAAACAGAAGAUUCGUCCGGACGGACGGACGGAAUGCCAAGGAGAUCUAAAAUCCCUUUCUGCAAUUUUCUAAUUUAUUUUUCAACUUUUAUAUCUCAAUAAGCAUUGUUGUUUUUUUUUUUUAAAUGUAUUUUUAAUGAAAA